AUGGAAGGAAUUAAAUUAACUCUUACAAACCUCGAAGAAUUCAAAUGCGAAUUUACCCUAGAAAAUUGCGAUAUCUCAUUAGCUAAUUCAUUAAGAAGAAUUCUUUUGGCUGAAAUUGAAACAAUAGCUAUCCAUAACGUUAAAGUAUAUGAGAAUACAUCUUCUCUUCCUGAUGAAUACAUAGCACAUAGAUUAGGUUUAAUUCCUUUAAAUUCUGCUAAAGUUGAUGAUUAUAACUAUAUUUGGAAUUGCAAUUGCCAAGGUGAAUGCGAUAGAUGUACAAUUCAUUUUGAUUUGAGAGUGAGUAACUUUACAAAUGAAGUCUUAGAAGUUACUUCUCUUGAUCUUAAAUAAAGAUAGGACCACACUGAUGAAGAUGCCGUUCGCCCUAUAAAGGUAUAUUCAAUUUUACGUGAUGAAUAUGGAAAUAAGAGAGAAGUAGGUAUUCCUAUUAUCAAGCUAUCUAAAGGACAAUAAAUUCACUUUGAAUGUGAAGCCUAGAAAGGUAUCGGUAAAAUGCAUUCUAAAUGGAAUCCAGUAUGUAUUUCAACUUUCUCAGUUGAACCUGAAAUUAUUUUCGAUCAAGAAAUUUAAAAUUUAGAUAUUGAAUAGAAGAAAGCUCUAGUAAAUGCAUGUCCUACUAAAGUAUUUGGUAUCAAUCCUCAUACCAAUACUUUGGAAGUCUAAGAUCACAUGAAAUGUAUGUAUUGUGAAGAAUGUGUUUACAAGUGUGCUGAAGACUUCUAAAAACCUAAAUUAAUCAAAAUAGACCAUAAAAAGGAUAAGUUUUUCUUCAAAGUCGAAACUACAGGAGUUAUGAAGCCUGUUGAAGUGUUAAGAAGAGGUUUUUCAACCUUGAGAUAGAAGCUUGAUUUUAUGAGAGAAUAAAUCUAAGAAAAUUCUAAUAAUUAAUUUGAAUAUGGUAACGAGUGA